CUUUUUCCUCACAAAUAUUUACAGCCUGCAAUACGGGAUAUCAGCAGUAGUUCAAAUAAAUCCAAUAUGGCUGCCAUGGGACCUUUAAAUUUUUAAAAAAUAUUUUGAAAAUUGAAAUUCGAUAUUGUUUUCGUUGUUUGGCGUAUUGUUUAUAUCUAAGGAGCAUAUAUAUUGCGUGAGACUUUUCCUCAUAUAACUAUUUUAGACUACAUUUGUUUUGGACUUGAGACGAGUCGAAAUAUAAAGCUGUUUGCGAAGUCUGCGAACUAUACGAUGAGGGCCAUGAGGCGGGUGAGAUUCCAACCAUUAAAUACUCGCUUGAUUCUGAAAUUUUGACAUGAGCUUAACACGCGCAUGGCGUAAUACAAGACAGUUUAUUAGACAAGGAUAUUUGUUAAAGUUACAGCACUCGUAUAUUCAGAUUUUUUUGCGCUGGUUGUUAUUGAAAACAAGAACUAAUAUGCAAAAUAAUGAAACGUCCAAAGGCGAUACCAACUCGAGCAUCACAAGUACAUCACCCAAGGUGCAAGAGAGAAGCGACAAAGGAUUAGAUGUGGCAAAUAAAAAGGAGAGAAGAGACGCAGGUGGUAGUUCAGAGAAGAUAGAACUUGAAAUACCUGAGAAUUUUUCAGAAAUGGAAUGCCAGAUUUUUAUUGCACACAAGAAUGCAAUCGAGGUACAGUAUAGUUUAUACAUUAAUUACCACAUGGCUUUGAAAAUUAAUUGAAAAAAAGUUUAGGGUUGCUUUUUAUUUCUAAAUAUUAGGCUACAUUUUAUGCAUCAUAAUUAAUUAAUAUUAAUUAUCUAAGCAUUUUAGCUAGUGAGCAAAUGAACCUAAAUGGACAUUUAUGCAUAUACUGCGUGCAUUUAGGUCUUAAGUAUAUUUAGGUUUUAAUUUAGAAAUGUUACACACAAGGUGGGAUUUGGGUGCCGAUGGCAUACAAUUUGUAUGAUUCUUAUGGGGGAGGCUGUUAAGAUUUUUAUUACUCGAGAAGGGGGGGGGGGUUAUAUUUUUAAAAAUUUCACCAGCCCCUCCCACUCUCCAACAUAAAUAAUGAACAUCAAACACUCCCAAACACUCCCUUAGCUUGCACUGUCAUCCAUUGACAAUCCAGUAAUUGGCAUAUUCCAGGCCUCGAAUUUGAGAAAAAUAAAGGCAAGGCCAGUUUGUCCUUGAAUGUUACUUAAUUUUUUAGGGCAUCAAUGCCAGUACACAGGACAUCAAGAUUCAAGGCCAAAAUUUUAUUCAGUUGCUAUUUUGAUGUUUCAAAUAACGUUUGAGUUUCCAUGAGACAAGAAAAAUAUACAGAACAGCAACAAUAUUAAAAAAAAUGCCAAACAAAACUAUGGAUAUUUUAAUACAUGAUUCAACAGACAGACUGACGGAAAGGUGCAUUUAAAUACUAUUUUAAAUUUAUUGGCAAUUUUACAAAUCAUACACUUGGUAUUCUAAAGCCUAAGUACUGUAGUCUGGGGUUGAGGGCAGGCCACUACUGGCCGUGGAUUUCACUAUACUUCAAGGGCAUAGCGGCCAACAAGCAGGGCAUCGACGGCCAGUGGCUGCUGUGGCCGCCGCUAAAUUCGAGGCCUGAUAUUCCACUGUUUUUUCCUAAAUCCUCCUGUACUCCAUAACGUGUCCUACCCUUGUGACUUUUUAAGUUUAACUUAAAGGAUCUACAUAUCUAUAGGCCUAUCUACUCUUGCAGUGAUUGUUGACAUAUUGUUCUUGUGUUAGGCAAACUAUGACACGUAUGCAGAUCCCUUGACAGGCUUUGAUGUUUUUACACGUCAAGCUUUGCUGAACCGGGGCAAAUGCUGUGGAAAUGCAUGCAGACAUGUAAGUUUAAAGUCGAUAAACCAGUACAUAAAUCAAACAUGUCAUUCUUACUCGACUUCUCCCAAGAAAGCUCCAAGUCAACCUCAUACCCAAGAUUUAGCUUUGCUCCCCUCAAGUAAAGUGGGGUGAUGCUAUAAGUAAAAGCAACUCCAACAUGGGUUUGUGGUUUUCAUUAAAUCUUUCAGUGAACAAAGGUAACCCAGCACUUCUCAGAGAGAGAAAAUGAUCUUCAUACUUCUCAUUAUUUGUAGUAGUCUUGUAUAUGGAAUUGAGAGAUACAGUUUAGAUUGGUUCUUUAAAGAAAGUGAUCAGUGUCUAUGACUUGUUCUUUGGAAGACUUCUAUAGUGGGUUUACAGGGAUAUAGCAGGGUUUUCAGUUUUGUGCGAGGCUCUGGCUAAUGGCAAUGAAGCUAUGGUGAAAGGGAAAAGCCUAGACUAUGUAGAUUGCACCUGAGUUAAGUUUCACAAUUUGUGCACAUGUAUUAUAUGUUUAUGUAAAAGCUCUGGCGAAUUUGGGUGGGGCUGAAUGAAAAAGUCUGGCGAAAUUUGCCGUUCGCCGGCCUAAACUGAAAACCCUGGUAUAGCCAGCCCCAAACAAGUGGGGGAUCUAAUUGUCCAGCCAUCCAGGGGCAUGGUGCCACGAAAAUUGUUUCUAUUUUUAGAGUUUGUGAAAUGUUAUUUCAUGCAUUUUAGACAUGUUUCAUGACAUUGAAAUCUGAAAGCCACAGAUGUGGUAUAUUUUAUGUCAUCCAGUAGAUGAAAGCAUUAAGUGGUUAUACCCCCCACACAAGUUUCUCCUUCGUUUUGAAAGAAUUCCAAAGCCCGACCCUGAAAAUAACGACCAUCUGUCGCCCAGUAACGCUAAAUGAAACUCACAGAUUGAAUUUUUCAAUUGUUUUUAUUACAGUGCCCAUAUGGUCAUAUCAAUGUUCCAGAACAUUUGAGAACGAAGACGUUUAAUUCACAGUUUUAUACAUGAUGAUUUGAAUUGUCCAUGUUAGACUUUCUUUGAAGUGACAUUAAUCACUGCUGGACAUGCAAAGAUUUAUUCAAUAUGAUUAAUCGGUAUUAACAUACUGAUGUGAGCAACUCUAAAAUAGUUUCUCUUGUAUUUACACUAAAGUAUAGAUGGAUGGUCCAACAUUAAGAAUGUGAGGAUGGUAAAUGUGUUGGGCACAGCUUAA